CACCCCUCCGCGCGGAGGCCCUCUUCCGAAACCCUCCCGACCAAUUGCACAUCCGACAUAUUUCGUCCGCCAUGCAUGGCGCGCUCAUUCUCGCUCUCCUCGCGCUUGGAAUACGCGGAGACGUGCCGUUCCUUGUGCGGAUCGACAAAUUCUUCCCAUAGCGCUACGCAAUGGAAAAAAGUCGACGAAUCUAUUCGCGAAAGACACUCUCUCGUUGUCAAGCUUGGUGUCUGUUCACUUCUGCAUCGACCGACGAUUUUCGUAACAUGGCGUCCUGUUCGAACGAUUUCAUCAUUGAGAAAUUAUUCAGCGGGCCCAGGCGUUCGCGAAAUUGCGACCUGCGGACUGGGCAGUUUUCAUGUUUUUGCGCGCCGUAAUAAGAACUAGAACGCAGCAGGACGCGCGUGGAGACGGAAGCGGUCGGUCGACGAGAUACAGCGACGGACGAUAAAACGCGUCGCGGUAGACGUUGAUUGCAAAAUUAACCAGUUCUGCGACAAGCGACAUGUAGCCACCUUUGAUCAUCGAACGUGCGAUAUUCCGCUGUUUCAGCAGCUUUCUUUGUGCACAGAAACGAAGUCUGCUGGCAAUCGAACGGCCAGCGCGCCGAUCAAAAGUUGAUCUGUCGGAUUUCCGACAGUUACGGCCCCACGCAAAGCGUCAAGUUACUAAUUGACGAUUUUUGCGUCGCCAAAAACCCGGAAACAUGGGAAAUUCACGUGCGGCUGGUGCGCGGCGCACGCGGGCCAACGAAGCCGGCCACGAUAAUCCGAGCUUAUCGAUCGGUACUCAGUUGCCAACUUGGCAGUGGCAAACUCCCGGAAUUACGAGUGAAAUGCUCUACAUAGCGACGCGGUUGGCAAAUCAGAUCCGCUUUCAUACCUUCGCGAGGGAGGAUGCGUCGGAUUCCGGAUGCCUCACCUCCCGGUGGGCCAGAAUUUCGUAGUUUGACGAUGAAAAUGACCAUGCGAAACUCCACCAUUGAACCGUACAACUGAACUGAUUCUGCUCAAUUUUCCGUUUGGCAAUAUAAUAUUGUUGUUACAUAUAUUAUUCAUUACGUGUAGCAUAUUAUUUUUUGUUGAAUACUCAAUUUGCGGACAAAGAUGUUUUCAAACGCCAUUCAUUAAGGGCAAACAAUUAAGACAAGCGAACGAAAUAAUUUUCACAUCGACCCUCUCUCAUCGUCCAUCUCGUGAUUGAAGCGUAUGGAAAGGGUACAAAAAACUUGCACGUCAAAGGGUUAAGGGAAAAGGGCUCCGCGGGAACGGGGUCGGGCUUUUUUACCCCAGCCAACUCGUUCGAGUUUCAGGCUAAAUCUCGGGUUGGGCAUAGUGGUUUACGUGCUGCUAGCCCUCGAUAGUCGCAAGACUACGUCAAAUAGUCGUACAUAUUGUAAUACACGCGCUUUCUAGCAGUCGGCAGCGUUGGUUCCCUGCUCCCUUGUUCCUUCGUCGGGUUCAUACUUAAAAGCGUGUGGAGUCAGUGGUGCUCACGAUCAGAUGUGGUUGGACGCAUCAAUCGAACAGUGGAAAAAGUCUUUGUGUCUCACUGUUUUUCUGCGAUCGUAAAAUAAAAGCAAAUAAAAUGUUUCAUUGACCGUGCGCGUUGGGAAUUUUGCGUAGAAUGCACGCGAGUAAAUUAUUACUUGUUUUUCUAUUGAUAAAAUUGUUUGCACAAACCUACGUUGUGUAUUGGAAUACACAAAUCUAUCCAUGAAAAUAAUAUUAUAAUCUACAAAUUUUUGAGGUAGUCUUUAAUAGGUUGCAUCGCAUUCACGGUUGGUUUGUAACGAUGCAAUGUUCUACUGAGCGUUUUGAGCAUUUAUGGCUUUACGGAGCUACCUGAAAAAACCACGGUCAUUGUUGGGGAAAUAUCCAAUCCUUCCAGAAAGCACCAUAUAUCUCGUUGUAGGCAUCCCUUCUAAUUGGAUAAUAAAUCCUAUAAUCUGUACAAAAUAGCAAAAAAAUGGCAAGGGUCGACCAUAAACGCUAGUUUGCCUCGGUUGCGUGAACGAGGUAAUAAUGGCGUUCGAUACAGAUCCGUUUUGCAUGUACAAUAUAGAUAACUGAAUUAUAUGCAAACGUAAGUGGAUAAGUUCGGUGCUCACAACGAACUCGUUUGGGAUUUGGAUUUGCACGAUAAUAUUUCACUCGGUUUGCAACGAGCGGUCGAUUGAGAGCCCCUGAGGACGCAGACAGCCCGUAUUCGGGACGCAGCUGCGACCACGCGCAUGCAUUGCGCGCAGGGGUUGAUCACGUGAUAAAGCGUCGCGGUGGGCGCCGUCGGCGCUCGAUUGGCCGACAUCGCGAUACAAAUCCCCCAUCCGACGUUGCUCGAACAAAGAGACGAGGCUACCUCAUCCGUCGUCGCAAACGCUGCCAUUAGAAAGUCGUCGGCAAUCGAUGAGUGCGGGAGUUCCGCGAGACGGAUAGAACUGUCGGUCGGUUUAGGCAUCGUGAGAAGGUUUAUCGGCCAGUCUGCGGAGUCGGAGCGGAAAAGGAAAGAGAAAGAGAGUGAGAAAGGGAGAGAAAAACAAGUUUUGGAAGGUUCGGGAAGAUAGCCAAUCCAGUCCGAGAUUCGACCGGUAUAUCGAAUCGUCGAUCGAGCCAAGUCCUCGAUCGGUACGUCCAAGUCGAUUCGGUGAGAAAACGAAACGCGACGAAAUCGAGCCUGCGGGCGUACGAUUCGCCAACGAUAGAAUCGCGAACGCGAGCACGAGUAGUCGGCGAGGCCAGUUUGCGCCGGGAGACGACGCGCAUACGCUCUUUCGGUAGAUCGAUCCUCGCGUACACUCGUAACUGUGCGCCGGGUCGCCAUCGACGAGAAUCCUCGAGGGACGCUCCGGCGGUUAGCUCGAUCGCGCUGGAGGGUCGACGACGUACGACGAGUGCCGUAGAGUGCUACGCAGCGACGUGGCGACGACGCCAUUUUGUGGUGACUGGUACCGUGCGCUUCUUUCGGCAUCAGCGCCGUCGUCGAGCCUAUUCAUCGCCGCGCCGUGACCCGUGACACGCGCGUAUCUCCGAUCGCGUUCGCCAGCGCGUAGACGACGCUUUGGAGCGCUUUGGCCUCUCCGGAUCUUCUUGGGCCGCGGAGAGCAACAGCGAAAAGCAGAGGAAGAGGAAGAGGGAGAAAGAGACGGUGCUCGCGUAUCCGAGCAACACGGAGUGCGUCAUCGGCGGUGGAUCCUCGCUACCCGCGCAUCGCCACGAUCACCAUCGUCCCACCGUGAUAGAGUUACGUUUUUCCGUAUUAUCGUUGUCGACGUGUUCGCCCUGGGUCAUCAUCGAUCAUGAGACUGGAAAUCGUGUCGGCGGCGGAUUUUCUGGUGCACCUGCUGCGCCUGCAGGCGGGUCAGCUGUCGGAGCGGCAACUGGAGAUGUUUAAGACAUCGUUGACGGAGGUGCUGCGCCACCGUUACCGGGACCACUGGUUCCCGGAUCGGCCGAAUCGCGGCUCCGGUUACCGUUGCAUACGCAUCAACGGCAAAAUGGAUCCGGUGAUCGCGCAAGCUGGCGCGAACGUCGGUCUCCUGCCGACGGUGCUGCACAGUCUGUUCCCCAGCGAGCUCACUAUGUGGAUCGACCCGUCGGAGGUUUCGUACAGGAUUGGCGAGAACGGUUCGAUCUGCGUGCUGUACGAACGUACCGAGCCUGAGAAACCGGAGGAGAUCAUUUCGCAGCAAGUGCAUCAGCAUCAGCAUCAGCACCAGCAUCAACAUCAGCAUCAGCAUCAUCAUCAGCCGCAACAUCAGCAAGCGCCGAUACUGCCGCAACAGCAGCAGCAGCCGCAGCAACAGCAGCAAUUCGAGAGUUGCAAGGACUCCCUGCUGCUGGAGCACACGCAGUUCAGCGAGCAAAUCGCUGCGUUCGUCUCCAGCUGAAUCCUCGGACUCGCCGCUCGCGUCCACGCUUUCGAAACGAUUUAAAAAAGCGCACGUGUAUCUCGUGAUAUGUGAUAUAUAUCCCGCAUCGCGUCGGACUGAUGGGGUCCGCACGCGGCCGACUUUUCGUGGACUCUCCCACCCCCCUAAACGUGCGUGCGUUGCUCCUCGCGUUUCUCAUUUUAAUUUUUCGUCGUCCUUCGGUGCAUCGAGAGAGAGACACUCUACAACAGGCAACAACGAGAAGAGUCGGAUCCCCGUCGACGCUUCCCUCGGUGUCUCUCUCUCUCUGCUUCUCCCCCUUUGUCUCUUGUAUUGAAACGGAGCUCCGUGAUUCAGCCUCCUGAUCGAUGAUCCAACGUCGAACAACACACCGCCAGAUUUGUCGCACUUGUCCCUCCUUCGAGCGAGUUCCUGCUACGGGGAGAGUCCAUCCGUCGGGAACGCGAGCUCGUCCACGCGCCGUCGGUCGACUCGAACGACUCUAGUCCAGUCUCGCGUUUCCCGAUUCUCCCCUCGCGCGCGAAGGAUACUCGAUACGGCGAGUAAAGAGAACAUCCACGAGGAAAGAAAUCCACGUAUUCUCGGCGAGUGGUCCGAGCCGUCGCGCAGAAGAAACAACGUAAGAUGGAAGAAGAACAGGCGUGUGGGGAGAGAAGAAAGAAGAGAAAGAGGAAGAACGUACGUUGAGCGGUACGUCGUGGCGUCACGGACUAGUCGAUUCUCUUUUCGGAUUUCGUCAUCGGUCGCGUCCCGUCAUCGAGAGGGCGAAUCUCGACCGCUGGAAAGGGAUGCGCGCACGACUGUCGCCGCGGCGCUGCAACCAGGAAGAAGAACGGAGCUCUCUCAGCAGCCGACCAAUUGAUCUCAGCACCUCCUCCACCCGCGUGAACCUUGGAGUGUCGCCCGCGACAACAGCAGCCACGCGAGGGAGGAACAACGAAGACCAGCCAGCCUCAUCGCCACCCUCCGUGCUACAUUCUUCUCGAGGGAGUAAAGGAACUGUACUCAAUGGACACACACACACACACACGGAACAUUACACAUAGUCUCCAUCUUUUGCGUCCUCCUUCUCCUCCUCCUAUUCUCUCCUGAACCAUCUUUCUUGAACAACCAAGCGUCUUUCUUCCACGUACCUUGCCGUCGGAGAUUUGAAGUUGAGAGGUUUUCGUGCGUACCGAUCGAUGGGUGUGUUUACAGCACGCGAGACUCGCGAGAAGGGAGCAAACGGUCGCAGUCAAUUCUUGUGAGAAAUUUGCCUACUCUCAUACUCGGCAUCUCUCUCGGUCUGCACGGUCUCGAGGAAACUACGAAGAAAUCGGGUAAAAAGCGAUCGUUCUCCAUUCUCGAGGAUUUCCUUGAACCUCUCACUGUAAUGCAAAUUACCACCGAGUUACACAUACACACAGAGACACAGAUACAUUACAAGUUUACGCGGAAAUGAAAGACACGUGCAUGCAACGACGAUUCUUGAGCGUGUCGAGUCAUCCAAUUUUUCCUUCGUUAACGUAAAUUUUCCAGAAACCGUAUGAAAAUGAAAAAAACAUAGUCAAUGCGAUGUAACACUGAAAACCAUCUAUCAGAUAAUUUUCUGAGAAAAUCAAGUAUACACUGUUCUAUAGAUCUAUCGAUGAUACGCCAUUGCGAUAACGAAGGUACAAAUUUGAGGCAAAAAUUUGUUCUAUUGUUCGAGAGUAGCUCCAAAUAGUGAAAUGAAAACUAUGCAUUUCGGCCAUUUGACAGCGAUUGUCAACGAUAGGACUCUCAAGACGAAAUUCCAAAAAUGUGCAUACACACAUACACACAUACAAAUUUCACAAAAGCGCGCGAAUUUAUAUGUACAUAUAUAUAUACACACACACAUAUAUAUAUAUAAGCGUUAUGUAUGUAGAGCACCGUGUACACGCGCGGGGACGAAGCAGAGACGCGAAAUCGUCUCCGGGCGUGUGCACACCGACGAAUUGUAUAUUAUCUUUUCGCGUGAGAGGAGAUGGAAGAAAGCGAGAGAAAACACAACGGUGUAUAAAAUUGCUGUGAUUUUAUCCACGGGAAGGCACACGGGUGUGUUUUUGCUAUGGAGAGUCGGUCUCGGAAAGUGAAUUGCAUGGCGUAUGAUUGUGUUGUGACGUUUCGGGAAUGAUCGAGAAUGAUUUCGAAAGAGAGAGAGAGAGAGAUAAUGUAUGUGUGUGUGGGUGUGGGUGUGAAUGUGUUAGAGAAGAAAAGAGAGUAAAAGAGAAUGAUUGGAUGUUUCGCAUAUGCUUCCCACCCGUUUAUUCGCGCAUUCCGACAAUAAUAAUAAUAAUAAUAAUAAUAAUCGAGUCCGCUCGAUUAGUCACGUGUCUGCUUCGUGCUCGCGCAGCAUCGAGAUUUGUUCAAUUACCGUUACUUGACGAACCGAUUCUAUUCGCGUAAUCAUGAGUAUCUCUCGCGAUCUCGAGUCCCGCGCCCAACACUCAAAUUGAAUUCUUCAACGUCUUAUAUCUUCGCCCGUACGAGUUUUCAUCAGUUCUUUUUCCGAGCGUAUAAAAGGGAGACGAAUGUUCAUACCAUAUGUAUGUGCGUGACUGCGUGCGUGCACAUGGGUGUGACGUAUGUGCGCGUGUUGUGUAUGUUUCGAAAGAUCGAACGGAUAAUACGAGAGGGAAGGGAAAGAGAGGAUCUAACGUGUUCGGCGUCGAACGAGAGAAGGCCCUGUACGUAGCAAUUAUAGAAACCAUGUCUGUGAUUAUACUAAGAAUAGAGAGACAAUAUAAGCAAUCACACCGUAUGUACGACCUAAACGCGAGCGGCGUGUGCGCUUACUAUACAUACAUACCGGCAUGUAAAUGAGACACACAUAUAUAUGUAUAUGUAUUACGUAACACAUGCGAAAAUUUCAUUCGCAGGCACGCGUGCGCUUCGCGCUUUUAAUCGGGUCGUCGUUUGGACCAGGGCUGAAAUCCGUCUUGUGUUUUAAUCAGAAUCAGGCCGUACUCCAUCCGUUUGCGUAUUUACACGUCACAUGUCACGUCGGAAACCGAGUCCCAUCCGGGCGAAAGUUUGAGAGGGAAUCGUGAGUUUGUCGUUCGAGUUUGCGAGAACUCGUCUCGUCGCCGAAACGAAUAGUGCAAUCUCUGCUUGAGUAACGAACAGACGACUCGUUUAAAACCGUUGAAAAGCACGCUUGCAAUCGAGGCGGACGAAACCAGUCUCACCUCUCGCUUGUAAUAGACGCUUCGGUUUUGACGUCAUAUGUAACGGGCCGCGAAGUAGUUGGAGCUUCGCAUCACAGAUUACCGGCCGUGUAUAUUCGUCAACACCCUCGAAUGGCGAAUCGAUCGAUCUGACAGAAGCCUUCGUUAUUUCGAGUCGCUAUAUAUGACAUCAGAAUUGGAGCGGGUUCGAGUUCUUUGCUGUACUUUGCGCGAGAGAAAGAAGGAGGUGGAAUAUUGUUUCCUUCAUUUUUACAUAUCGGAGAGCACAAUUGAACGUCCAUAUCGGCGGCUGUGAUGCGACCACCCGAUCUCCGAUAGUCCGUCGAAAGUAGUGCGGGACGAGGCCGGAGAAAGUGCGAGAGCUGGGCGGCGAGAUCUCGCCACGUUGUCCUCCGACAGUUAUACCUAGCCGACGGCACGACAAGACACGUUCCUUUCCCUUGGUUUUCGGUUUCCAUCGCGGGUAACGCUGGCUGUAGAAGGGCGCGCUCGUUUGCGUCUACUAUCCUGUACAAUUCGCGUUGUUUAUCCGUUCCCACACGUACAUACGCGCAUAUACACACAUACACGACACAACACACUACAUACGCGGAUGAAACUAUAAAUAACAACAAACGCUGUAAGGGAGAGCGAGAAAGGGAGAGAGAAAGAGGGUGCGUUAGAGCGAGAAAGGGCAAGAGAGAGGGAGAGAGAGAGAAACGGAGCGAAAGGAGAGAGUGCAUUUACUUCGCGCAUAAAUUGUAAUUACUAUAUAUAUAUAUAUGCGCAUAUAUUAUAUAUACAUAAUAUUAUAUACAUAUAUAUACAUCUUGUAAUUAUACAUACAUAUAUAUAUAUAGUGUCCUUCAGGAAGAAUUUGUACAAACCCGCUGGGACAAGGCACCAGCAAGUCUGUGAUUUUAGCUUGGUUACUAAUUCAGUAUUUUUUUAAAUAAAAUGAGACAAAAUCAAGAUAAAUCAUAAAAAAAGGAGCAUGAUUCGGUCCGCGAGAGAGGAGAGCUCGUGAGGAAAGGGAGGAGAAAGUUUAUGAAAGAGAGAGCGUGUGUCAGGCUGAAAGAGAGCUUAUGCAUGUAAAUGUGUCUCUAUGUGUAUGUGUGCGUACAACCUGUGUGGCCGAGUGGACGAGCGAAAGAGAGAAAUGUGAGAGACGGACACAGGGGGAAGGGGAAUCUUUUUCGAUUGGAAGUUUGCAAUAAGAUUGUAGGAUGGUCUGGAAAAAAUUUCUCCAAGCGGUUCUGCGAUUUCGUGACUUGCUUUAAAAAAAAAGAAAGAAACGAGUGAAGGAAUGCGAUAAACUUGACCAGCUAUUUUUUUCCAAGAAAACGUGCAAUUACUGAGAUUAUAAUUACUCGGAACGUGAUGGUGGUGUCAGCACAUCGAUGCGACACGUACGAACGGUUGAGCAGCGUGACGUAUCUCGUGUUAACGACAACGUUGCUAUAGAGUAGACAGAGACGAUGUAUCUUCUCUGUAUCUGUUGGAGUGGACUCAACCAACGUUACUCGUAUUUCAUCAUCUUUCUUCAUCUCUAUUAUGUUACAUCCAGUGACGCAGUUGCUGGAAAGAGACGACGAGAAAUCGAUUAAAUUGCAAUUUGUGCUGAUCGACGUUGGUAAAUCCGACUUCUUCCAGUUUCUUUGUAGCACUGCGAGUGACACGUUGCAUUCUGAUCCCGGGAACGCCUCGCCUCCAUAAUCGUCGUCUUGAUUGUUCUCGUUGCGUCAGCUUGAAAUUUACCUGUUCGAUUCAGCCGCGAUGAGUCACCGUUGAUAGCGUAUCUUUCGGUAAUCCGUAGUCUAUAAUAAUGUCGGGUAAUGUAACUUAUCGUAUCGUCACACUCUGAUCCUCUGCCGUUCGCGCGUGUCGUCGCUAUUAUUUAAUGCUCUUUGUAUAUUCUUGAUUUUUCUUCCUCCUUGGCGUGAGAAAGAAUCGCGAUGGCGAAAGAAACGGGACUCGAGGGCCGGCUCUUCGCCGAGUGCUUUCCCUUUCUUUGGAGAAAUUGUUUUUCGUUUACUGCGAAAAAUGGAAGAGGGGAGGCAGCGAGCGAGCGCGAGCGUGACAUACAAAGAAAUGAUAGAUUCUUCAUGAAGUACAGCUUGAUGGUAGCGCGAUGCGGGAAUAGUUGUCGUUGAAAGAAAUAAGGAAAUGAAAAGAUGAGCAGACAAGUAAUACGAAAGGGAAAAAGCAAGAUCGAGAUAGAGUAAGAGAGAGAGAGAAAGACAGAGCGCACGUGAGGAUGAAGAGGCCUGACAGGGGUGCUCAACUCGGUCGAGACAGGCCACGGGUCUCAUAAUGUGAUUCUGCUGAUGAAUUAUAUGGACGAAUAUCGAUUAGCGAACAAUCUUAGUUUAGCAUAACCGGAUUAUACAAUACUGAACAGAAUGAGACAACGGUGACCCGGGGUCUUGCGAGAUCCGAAUUCGGUGAGGACUCCUGUCGGCCCUGCAUGAUGCACCUGAGGAGAGCGAUUCGGGAGAGCGCAAAAUGAAAAGACCACUCGUUUCUGCGCGUCGAGACUGCGAGCGAGACACCACUCGAUAAAUUCUGUAUAAAAAUUCGCUUUACAAGUCUACACACGCAUGUCCACGAGUAUACCUGUACACCCGACACACAAACACACGUGUAUACACACACAAGUCGACGGAUACAAAACGACAGUACAUGCGCGGUACACGAACACAAACAAACUACUCGAAUCUGUAGACUCGUAGGUUUAUUAUUAAUUAUAAUGAAUUAUAAUUAUUAUAUCUAUUAUAUAUCAAUGUAUAAUUAUAUUUAGUUUUUAGGUUUAUGAUGGCUAUUAUUUCCCGCUUGUACAUAUGCCGUGAGCUCCAGAAAAAAUUAAAUCUUUAACAAAGAAAAUCUAUAAUUUUUUCGACUGUUUUUGUACAGAGAUAAUAAAAACAAAAGGCCUCGUGCUUAUGAAAUUUCAUGAAUAUAA